ACAAAAUGGCACCAAACAGCACGCUGUGCCUGGUCACAUUGUGGAGUGUUAGUGUGCUGAUCCUGCUGAUCAGUCAGUGCGAAAGGACCGAUGCUAACUUCAUCACCUAUGUGGAUGACUCGGGUGAGAAUGUGCCCGAGGAUUAUGUUCUGGAUACGCGCCAUCGGCGCAAAAAAGUUCGACCCCAGGACUACAACGAUGCGCUGGAUCGUCUGAUAGCGGAUGCACUGAAUCAAACAUCUCCGAGACCGGGCAGCAACGAUACCUCCUCGGAAGAGCUAGGUUCCAGCUCGGCGGAACAAAGUGUGGCUUGUAUGGGCGAACGAAAGCCAUUGCACAUCAAGUCCCUGGACAGGUUGACGGUACGAAAGUGCUGCCCGAAGGGCCAAUCGUUCCACCGUCUAAGCAUAACCACCUGCCACCCAAUGGAUGUGCACGAUCACAUAAGCCGCUUUACGCUGUUGGCCCGCCAGCUAGACUACUAUGGGCCCGGGUGUCACGAGUACGGCAAAUACCUGCGCUACAACACGACAAUCGACAAGACGUGCGUGGGACAGAGGUUGAUAUUUAAUGAUCGUGGCACGCAGAUGCUGUUGAUCCAGAACGGUUCACUGCUGGUGACGCGCGGCGACCGGAUCGAGUUCUACGACGAUUUCUGCGUGGAGGAAACGGGCAACAUGGUGCUGGCGGCGCACAUCUGUGACGUGGAAGGUGCCGGCCAUUCGGAUGAUCUGUUUUCCGGGUGGUUGGGCACAGUGAUGAUAGGGCUGGCGCUGGUAGGUUCGGCCAUUACCGUGCUGGCGUACGCGUUCGAUCGGACAUUGCCACACCGGUACGGGCCACUGAUUGCGAGUCAUGCCGGUUUGUUGGCUGGGGCAAUACUGCUCGAACUACUACUUACAGCACUUGAUCAAGAAUACUACCGUCCCGUGGUAGACGUACUGGUCGAGUUCUCCUACGCCAUUUUUGUGAUCUUCAGUGCAAUGCUGUUCUUCUCCUCAGCCACCGGUACUACCAACAUCAACUACCGGCUACUACUGGUGACCGUGUUUUUCAUCUCCACCUGCUCUCUCAUUGCCAUGGGCCUAACGUUCUACUCCGAGCGUGUCCUACUGAUGGCGGUACUAGCAAGCUUACUAGUAGCACUGGUCAUCAGUGCAGCUAACGUCUACACCUCCUUUGGGCGUAACCAUCUCGGAUUCAAUAGUAAUGAGAAUCCUUUCGAAAUCAUUAACGAAGGUAGCACCGCUAAGCGUAUGGAUCAGCGGAAGGAGCUCACAAUCGUAUCCACAUUCGCCUGUGCCACCCAGAUCAUCGUGUGGAUACCAUACUCGAUGGGCAAGUACUCGCUGCUGUCCGUGCUGGCCUGGAACGCGAUCAUCAUAUUCGUCGUGUUUGUGGGCCUGAGGCGCCGUUCGAUCGGGCUCUGCAACGUUGGCCAGCGGGUAAAGCUGCACCAUCCGGGACAGGUGGCUAUUAGCUCACCGUACGCCGAUCAUCAGAUGCCACGCGACACUCAAACCGUUCUACCUCCGGACGACGAGAUAGAGGCAGAAAAUGAGUUGCGUGUGGUGUAG